AUGGCUAGAAUUAUUGAAUGGCACAUUCAAAAAAUCAAGGAUCCAAGGUACUGCAAUGAGCAUUUGUUGUGCACCCCUCAUGUGUUUUGGACAGGCUGGGGGCCAUGGGAGCGUUGCACGGCUCAGUGUGGAGGAGGAAUCCAGGCACGGCGCAGGACAUGUGAAAAUGGUCCUGACUGUCCUGGCUGCAGCAUGGAAUAUCAGCCUUGUAACACCAACACCUGCCCUGAGUUAAAAAAGACAACUCCUUGGACCCCCUGGACCCCAGUGAACAUUUCAGACAAUGGUGGUCACUAUGAGCAGCGAUUCCGAUACACCUGCAAAGCACGCCUGCCUGACCCAAACCUGCUGGAGGUGGGACGGCAGCGCAUUGAGAUGCGCUACUGCUCCAGCGAUGGCACCAGUGGAUGCUGGACAGAUGGAUUGUCAGGGGACUUCUUGCAUUCUGGAAGAUACUCUGCUCAUACCAUCAAUGGUGCCUGGUCACCCUGGUCUCCGUGGUCUCAGUGCAGUCGUGACUGCAGUAGAGGUAUCCGGAAUCGCAAACGGGUCUGCAGCAAUCCUGAGCCCAAGUAUGGGGGACUUCCUUGCCUUGGCCCAUCUCUAGAGUACCAGGAAUGCAACAUUUUACCUUGCCCAGUGGAUGGAGGCUGGUCUUGUUGGUCAUCUUGGUCAAAGUGCUCAGCAACAUGUGGAGGAGGGCAUUACAUGAGAACCCGCUCCUGCACAAACCCAGCCCCAGCAUAUGGAGGUGAUAUCUGCCUUGGCCUGCACACUGAAGAAGCACUCUGCAACACACAGCCAUGUCCGGACAGCUGGUCUGAGUGGUCCGAGUGGUCUGACUGUGACUUGUCUGGCUUCCAGACCCGUGCUCGACAGUGCGUCAUUUUGUUUCCUGUGGGCAGCCAGUGCACAGGGAACGCCACAGAGAGCCGAGCCUGUGCUGUGGACUCCAACUUUAUACAAGAAAUACCUGUGGCACAAUCCAGCAGCAUAGAAAAGAAACGAUGUGGCGAGUUCAACAUGUUCCACAUGAUCACAGUGGGAUUAAGUAGCUCAAUUCUUGGUUGCCUUCUCACCCUGCUUGUUUACACAUACUGCCAGCGAUACCAGCAGCAGUCCCACGAUGCGACUGUCAUCCACCCAGUGUCACCAGCUCCACUCAACACCAGCAUCACCAACCACAUUAACAAACUGGACAAAUACGACUCUGUAGAAGCCAUCAAGGCAUUUAACAAAAACAACCUGAUUCUAGAGGAGAGAAACAAAUACUUCAAUCCACAUCUUACUGCAAAGACUUAUUCUAAUACCUAUUUUACAGAUUUCAAUAAUUAUGAUGAGUUCUAAUGGGCUUGUGUAUUUUCUUGCCUCCUGUAAUUCCCCAGUCUCCAAGGCCUAUGCUAUUCAAGUGCUCAUGUGAUUGAGGCUUCAGAAAUUAAGUUCAGAGACAUUUCAAGCAUGAUCCAAGCCAUCAAUGUCCCAUUGCUACCAAAAGCCUAAACCACCUGUUUUUGACAUGACGUUUUCUUUCCAUAAUACAAGGUUGGCCUUCAGUGUCAGGGGCAGCUGUAGCCCGUCACUGUUGCUGGACCACUCAUGAGGAUUGCAUUGCUAUGCUCAGUUUCAUAAGUUUCCACU